UUCUGUUUCCAAAUCAAAUGUAUCCACAUCCUUCUAAAAGCCUCCCUGCACUGCUGGGGUGCUGGACUCUGCAGGACCCAAGCUGGACAGAGGGGUUGAGUCCUGGGUGCCCACCUCUCCCCUCACUCAGUGCCUGGGGUGGGCAGGUCUGAUAAGAGGAGUGUACUGCCCCCUCCCUGCCAGGAGCAGACACAGCUCACAUACCAGCCAGAGCUUCCAGCAAGCACAGAGCCUUCCAGCAGGACAUCCAGGGUCCACAGCUCUCCCAGGGGCAUGUGUGAGAUGAGACCAGCAGGCUGAGACCAGGAGUCUGAGAGGACUUGCAGGGUAGUGCUGGGGUCCAGUCUCCAGGUGAAGACCACAAGCAGGAGUUGCCUGUACAUGCCACCAUGAGAUCCUGCUUUGGAGAAGUUCUUCUUGUCCUCCUGUGGUCCUGUCUGGCUCCAGCCGGCUGUCACACCGAGACGCGCGCACACGCGGAGGAAAGACUUCUGCAGAAACUCUUUAUCGGAUACAACAAAUGGUCUCGACCUGUUGCCAACAUAUCGGACGCUGUUCUUGUGCGAUUUGGACUGUCUAUAGCUCAGCUCAUAGAUGUAGAUGAGAAGAACCAGAUGAUGACGACCAAUGUUUGGGUGAAACAGGAAUGGAAUGAUUAUAAACUGCGCUGGGAUCCGCUGGAAUACGAGAAUGUGACAUCGAUCCGAAUCCCGUCUGAGCUGAUCUGGAGGCCGGAUAUUGUUCUGUAUAACAAUGCUGAUGGGGAUUUUGCCGUUACCCACCUGACAAAAGCACACCUGUUUCACGACGGAAAGAUAAAAUGGAUGCCCCCUGCCAUCUACAAGAGCUCCUGCAGCAUUGAUGUCACCUUCUUCCCCUUCGAUCAACAGAACUGCACCAUGAAAUUUGGAUCCUGGACUUAUGACCGAGCAAAGAUUGACCUGAUCAGUAUGCACAGUCAUGUUGACCAGUUAGACUACUGGGAAAGUGGUGAGUGGGUCAUUGUCAACGCAGUGGGCAAUUACAAUAUCAAGAAGUAUGAAUGUUGCACUGAAAUCUACUCCGACAUCACGUAUUCCUUCAUCAUCAGAAGGCUGCCACUGUUUUACACAAUAAACCUCAUCAUUCCCUGUCUUCUAAUAUCAUGUUUAACUGUGCUGGUCUUCUACCUGCCCUCGGAAUGUGGAGAGAAGAUCACACUCUGUAUCUCUGUGCUGCUUUCCUUGACUGUCUUCCUGCUGCUCAUCACAGAGAUCAUUCCAUCCACGUCCUUGGUCAUUCCACUGAUUGGCGAGUACCUUCUCUUCACCAUGAUCUUUGUCACUCUCUCCAUCAUCAUUACUGUGUUUGUGCUAAAUGUCCAUCAUCGCUCCCCACGCACCCACACCAUGCCUGCUUGGGUGCGCCGGAUAUUCUUGGACGUUGUGCCUAGAGUACUUUUCAUGAAAAGGCCAGUGAAAGACAACUGCAAAAAGCUGAUUGAGUCCUUACAUGCCAGAAGGCUCAGCCCGACACCAAGGAUGUGGUCUGAGACAGAGGUUGAACCCACAUUCCAAAGUUCAUCUUCUCCUAGCCCAACCAGCCAGCGGGUAUCGCCCACAUCAUCGUACUGUCACCAGCUUGAGCAAACGGUCAACUCUCAAGUGGUCUGCAAGUCUCCAUCGGGACAGUACUCUAUGCUGUGUGAGGAAUCCACACUGACCAGCUGUCCUUCGCCACAAGCCCAGACCCAUCUGUUGGCAGAAGCCCACUCCAACCUAAUGCCCAAGAUGCGCUCUGUAAGUGUCCAGCAAAUGUACACCCCCAAGGAAGUGAACGAGGGGACAAUCCGCUGCCGCUCCAGGAGCAUUCAGUAUUGCUACCUGCAUGAGGAUUCCUCUCAGGCCAAUGGUCAGUCCAGCAGCUCCCCGCUGUCCCAAAAAUGUCAAAUGCAUGAAGAGCAAUCAGGGAGCCAAAGUUCACAGUGCAAAUGCAAGCCCAAGAGCCAGGAGAAGCCAAGCAGUGCUGGGCAAGUUGCCAAAACAGUCAGUGCCAAAGAGCAGCAUGUCCUCCUAAUGUCCCCAUCGCUCAAGCUGGCCAUUGAGGGAGUCCAGUACAUAGCCGACCACAUGAGAGCAGAGGACGCAGACUUCUCUGUGAAGCAGGACUGGAAGUACGUUGCCAUGGUAAUUGAUCGUAUCUUCCUCUGGAUGUUUAUCAUAGUCUGCCUCCUGGGCACCGUUGGCCUUUUCCUUCCGCCCUGGCUGGCCGGGAUGAUCUAAGCGGGAGCUCACAGUGCCAAAAAGCAGAGCCAACGUGCCAUAAAUGUGGGGGUACCGUCUUGGCGUAACGAAUGUAUGGUAAAUGGGUGACACACAGAGAGGGGGACAGAAUGGACACCCACCCAAACAAGUAGUGUAAAUUCUGCUAUAGCCAGAGUGAACACUGCUCCACGGUCUAUGAAGGGUGUGUGGGACUGUUCCGACAUUGUAUAAAUAUUUCAGCCUGUCUGACUCGCAUGAAUGGGUUUGCAGAGCUCUGGGGGUUCCCGCAGGCAGCAGAGCAUUGCAGAGCCUCCUGCUUUUUAGAGUGUAGUAAAACACUCUGCUCGCUCACACACUCUCUUUAAACAUGUCUGAACUUGAGGGGCCCCUGGUGGGUAAAUAAAUAUAUAUAUAUGAACUGGGUCUAUCUGUCAUUACCUGCCUCUGUCAUUCUCCAGCCUGGAGAACAUAAAGACGUUUACCAACAAAGAGAUCAGGUACGGAGAAACUGGACUCUCUACAGCUGUGCACGGUCUGCAACUCCCAUUAGCCUCAACAAACUGGUUGUGAAUAGUGGAAAUUGUAGU